AUGGAUUGUUCUCGCAGCAAAGAACUCGUCAUUGACGGCAAAGGCCACGUCUACGGACGCUUGGCCGCCCGCGUCGCGAAGGCGGCUCUCGAGGGCCAAAAGGUUACGGUCGUGCGCGCGGAAGAGCUCGUGAUUUCGCGCUCGCAGUUCCGCAACCGUCUGAAGUUCAUGGAGUUCCUGCGCAAGCACUGCAACUCGAACCCGACAAAGCGCAGCCACAUCCACUACCGCGAGCCGUCUAAGAUGUUCAAGCGCGCGGUGCGCGGCAUGCUGCCGCACAAAACGCAGCGCGGCGCUGCGGCGCUGAAGCGGAUCACGGUGGUGGAAGGCAUCCCCGGGAAAUGGGACCGUUUCAAGCGCUUCACGUGCCCGGAGGCCGCGGUGACGCAGUGCCUGAGAACGACGACGCCCAAAACGCGGCUGGGCAGCUUGGCGAGCUCGGUCGGUUGGAAGGGUGACGAGAUCGUGAAGCGCUUGGAGGCCGUGCGCAAGGAGAAGAGCCACGAGCGCUUCGUCAAGCGGCUCGACGCCGCGAAAGCAUUCCGCGCGCGCCGCGCAGAGCUGCUGGCGCAAGCGAGCGGCGAAAUCAAGUCUGCUCUCCAGAUUCUGUCGUAG